GGUGUAAACAUCACAUUUGGAGAAAAAUAAGCACACAAUUUGUCACAUUUAAAAAAAAAUCAGCAUUUGUAAUUUAAAUCCAGAUUGUAGGACAUUGGUAAGUAAUACUAAAUUGGGGACAAAAGUUCUUCAAACUGUACUUUUUGUUAUUCGGAAGAAAGCUAACUUAUAUAUUGUACUUUUAUUUUUAGUUGGAACUAUGUCAAAUAAAACCCAGACUGCCAUUAUAAAUAAGCAAUUUCUUUCUUAAUGACUUACCUGGUUAAAUUAAGGCUAAAUGAAAUGAAAAGCACCAUGGAAAAAUAGCUGCAGGUUGCCUUUUUUGAUUUAUAUUUCCAUUCGAAAAAGCCAAAAUGUUUAGACUAGGCCACUCAUCUAACCCUCUAAUGAUCAUUUGGGGGUUUGUGUCACAUUCAAUCCAAGCAAGUGAUGGAGUUUCCUGAAGAUUUCAACCAGCUUGAGCUUCUGAAUACACACGGUCAACUGAUCCCCCGAGGGGCCAGCAGCCUGUGGACCGGAAGCAAGGAUGAGGAAGAGGAGGUGGAAGAGGAGGAGGGGGACCACAGUGAGGAGUGGUAUCUAGAAAAAGAAGAAGCUCUCAAAGACAAACCAAAGGAGCUCAUUCUGUGGGCAGCGGAAAACAAUCGCCUUGCAACCGUCCACAGGUUGUUAACCGCUGAUCCCUUGCUGGUGCACUGCUGCGAUGAGGACGGUUACACUCCACUGCACCGCGCGGCAUACAGCGGCCACGUCGAUGUGGUUUCUGCUUUACUCGCCGCCGGGUCGAAGGUUAACCCUCGUACCAUCGACGGCUGGACGCCCCUCCACAGCGCCUGCCGCUGGAGCCGUGUCACUGUGGCGAGUCUUCUCCUGCGACACGGAGCCGAACUGAAUGCCCAGACCAACGGUGGGCUCACGCCACUACACCUGGCCGCUUCCCACUCCAGCUCCGUAAGAACAGACUCCGCUCACACGCUAGAGCUCCUCUUCUCCCAGCGACGCCUGGAGCCAGGGCUUCGCAGCAACAGCGGGGAGACGGCCAGUGAGGUGGCCCGACGUAGUGGCCCACAUCACUUCCUGUUUGAGAUGGUAGAAGACUGUGUAAAUGUGGUACCGAUGUUAUGAGCUGUGUUAAUGUUUGUGUGUCUCAAGGUAAUGCGUGCUUCCUACUGAAGCAUCAUAACAAUCAGUUAAUAAUUAUUGAUUCUUGAAAAUCAGAAGUGGAAGAAUGAAAGACACUUGUUUCUGAGGUUGUUUGGUACGUACAGUUUAUCCAGAGCUUAAAUAGCUCUUUCAAUGCAAAAAGUCUAUUUGUUUGUUUUAUAUUGUUAAAGUCUUCUGAUUCAAAUCCAGCCUCUUAACACAUUACAUUUUCAUCUGUCAUGUUGCAGGACUUUAACUAGACCUGGAGCCAAGGUUUCUUCAUUUAUUUUCUUCUUCCCUCUGUAGGAAUCACUGUGGUUUUCUGUAAUUGGCAGCUACUGUGCAGUCUCUUCACAGAUGACUAUGUAACGAUCUUUGUAUGUCUCUCUUUGAGUCCAAUGAGGCACUUGAGCCAGAGGAUGUGCAACAUAUGCAGCAUGUACACACAUUAAGUACCUUUCCGAAGGGCUCGCAGAUGUAAUGUGAUGGAUUUAUUUUUUGUCUGUCACUCCUAUUGGAGUUACUAAAAGGAAUUUUUAUUAAUUAAGAACUCAUUGUCCUCACAAGAAUGACACAAGGAUUAUAUAUAUUCAAUUAUAACACAUGUUGCAGAAGUCCGUGAGGUUGAACUGAGGUUAGAAUCCGCAGAAGGCAGCUGUAUAAAACAUCUGAUUAGUAAGAAGUAAACAUUUGAGUUUUGCUGAGGUGUGUGUGUGUGUGUUACAAAGUAAAACUGGUGCCACAGCAAAGAGAACAUUGUUAUUGUUUUACUGCAUUUCAGUGUAUUAUAUGUUAGUAAUGUGGGCAGUCUCUAUUAUAACAACAGUUUAGGAUCCUCCUUAUAAGUGGACCAAGUUUCAGAGCUUGUCCUUAGUCUGAGGUUAGACAAUCUUUACAUAUAGAAUCUGUAAAGAAACAUAUCUGUACACAUCACACUACAGUUUUUCUUAAUUUCAGUGGCAUAGCCAGUGUUUUUUAUAUCCUCGGUCACAGUGAGUGUGCUAGUCUACAGAAGGCUGAUGAUGUCAAUAGGUCUACUGUAUGAGAAGUGGCUUAUUAUGACUGUCAGUAGUUUAAAUCCUGAAAUAAAAUAAUAAUUUUAUUAAUUGA